GGCACCGGCGCCUCCAAAAGAUCCUACACCACUGAAGCGGAUUCGACCUUGCAGGGUCGCAUACAACGCCUGCCGCCCGGAUGCCACUAACAAUUGAGGAGAUCACAUCGAAGCGACAACAGCGGGCACUGUCCGGCAGACUGUGCCAAUGGGGAGGGGGAAGGGGGAGAUUGUGUGCAUAGACGACUGCUACCUCCUCCAGAUAUGGGCCUGGUUCUAUGGCGUACCCGUGCGUCCUCUGGGAGAAAAUAAAGGCCACAAGCUUCCUGCUGACCUCCGCACUGCAACCGAUGGCGCAUCUCAGGGCGGACCCGACAGCUCAGGAAACACAUUUCAGGAAUCGGCUUCAUCCAUGAUUACGCUGGAAAGUCCGGGCGUCGAGGACGUCGGGAAUCCUGCCGCGCGCCGCAACGUAACGAUCAGCAACGUGGAUAUCCCAAUCAUGGGUUCAAGCCUUACCGCUGCUAUCUAUAAGCACGACCCUAUACCCUCUCUGCCAGCUUCGUCACCCCCACGCCAGAACUUUUCAGGCGGAGACGUGGGUCCCAGAACAAAAAGAGGAGAUAGCGACGAUUCAUGA